AUGAGUGCAGAAUCACAACACCAAUGCCACGGCAACAACACCAUCAACAACGCCCCCAAAAACGCCAUCGCCGUGGGACGGCCAAGAUCCUCCUUGCUGAGUCCUAAUGUCGAAGUCCAAUGCAAUGCCGUCGGUUGUAUAACCAACCUGGCCACUCACUACAACAAUAAAGCCAAGAUUGCAAAAUCAGGCGCCCUGGUCCCUCUGAAUCGAUUGGCGCGUUCAAAAGAUACUCGAGUUCAGCGCAACGCUACAGGCGUCUUGUUAAACAUGACACAUUCGGAUGAGAAUCGUCAACAACUCAUCAACGCUGGCUCGAUUCCUAUUUUAGUCUCGCUCUUGUCCUCCUUGGCGGCCUCGUGUGUCCGCAAUGUAUCCAUCACCCCACAAAACAAAUCACCAAUUAUUGAGGCGAACUUCUUAAAUCCGUUGAUCGAGCUGUUGGCGUAUGACGAGAACAAGGAGAUCCAAUGUCACUCCAUCUCAACUCUUCGAAAUCUGGCGGCCUCCUCAGAAAAGAACAAAGCUGCGAUCGUCGAAGCCGGUGCUAUCGAACUGAUUAAAGAACUCGUCUUGAGUGUGCCUUUGAGCGUCCAAAGUGAGACAACUGCUUGCGCUGCUGUACUCGGAAUAAGCGAGAAAAUCAAAGGAAAUAUGUUGGAUCUUGGCAUACUAGAGGUCUUGAUCCCCUUGACGAAUAGUGUCAGUGUUGAGGUUCAAGGAAACAGUGCAGCAGCAAUCGGUAACCUUUCUUCAAAAGCCGAGGAUUACACGGCGUUCAACCAGUUUGGGAUAAGCCAGAAGGCGGGCUAG